AUGUGGGGAGUCAGAGCUGGAGUCAGAGUCAGUCAGUCAGUCAGUCAGUCAGUCAGUCAGAAUCGGAGUCGGAGUCGGAGUCAGUUUGAGUCAGGGUCAGUCAGUCAGAAUCAGAGUCAGUCAGUCGGAGUCAGUUUGAGUCAGGGUCAGUCAGUCAGUCGGAGUCGGAGUCAGUCAGAGUCAGAAUCGGAGUCGGAGUCAGAGUCAGAGUCAGUCAAUCAGUCGGAGUCAGUCAGACUGCACCAAAUUCCCUUCGAGUCUGACUCCAACUCCACGACAUUGACUCGACAGUCCUGCUCUGCAUGUCUGUCCGCUAUAGCUAGUCAAUCCAGUGGACCGAAUUGGACAAAAUUUGGACCAGAGGCAGAGUCUUUGGUCCCACUGACCUCCGAGGCCACGAGGCUACGAAAGAGGAAGAAGCUGCGAGCCGGCCAGUAUAUGUACGAGCCGGCUGCAUGCAUUUAA